AGGAGUGUCAGCCGCGAUGGGGGUUUAAAUCUGCCGAGGAGCUGCAUGAUGUCUGAGUGUUGCUGUGCGGCUGAAUCCUUUUCAGCGACUCCGCUGGCUCUACAGAGAAAGUCAAAACUUCCAUUCGAAGGCUGGCCCUGGUGAGUGACCCUUCCGAGUUCCUUAAAAUCCGAGUCCGCCCUGCCCGGCAGUGAAUCUCCAAAUGAUGAGGAGGCAAAAUCCAUGACUUCCAAGAGGGAGUAUCUAUUCGGCAGCCGCUUUCUGAUGCCAGCCGUCAGCAGCGUGGCUCCGUCGCUGAGGAGAACUGAGUGACCCAACAAAAAGACGUGUGCCGAGGACCACAGAGAUGGAUAAGGAGCCCAGCUGGAAAGCCCGAGGAAACCCCAGGAAGCAACGAAAGCCAGAGAGCCAAGGACCGGGCAGAGGAGGUCGGAGGCUUGGAGGGAGGAGAGCUUAGCUCAUUCUUGAGCCAGAUCCCGUCUCCUCCCAAGAUCCGUCUUCCUACUGUGUCACUUCAAAAACGAGACAAUGGCAGAAGAACCUGUCUCCCGGGAGAACCUCAGCUGAAGCUUUGGUACCAGAAAGGGUGAUCUGGGAGCAAGACGUUCUCGCGCCUCUUGCAUGACUCUUCGUGGUUUGCAACCAUGAAGAGAAAGGCUAGAAUAACAAUGCGUCCCCGGAAACAUUAGCCCAAGGUGGGGCUCUGCUGUAAGACAAACCACUCCUUUUCCGCCUUCCAGCAGAUCAGGGAUCUCCCUGUCUCCGUGCGGCCCUUCCAAAUGGCAGGCCAUCGGUGGGCUGUGACAUCGGCACUGUGCACAUGCGUGGCGGCUGUCUCCCUGCUGUGCGUGGGCGAGGUGCGGGCAGACUGCUGGCUGAUUGAGGGCGAAAAGGGCUUCGUGUGGCUGGCCAUCUGCAGCCAGAACCAACCACCGUACGAGUCCAUCCCCCAGCAGAUCAACAGCACGAUCCUGGACCUGCGGCUGAACGACAACAAGAUCAAGAGCGUGCAGUUCGCCUCCCUCAGCCGCUUCAGCAACCUCACAUACCUCAACCUGACCAAGAACGAGAUCUCCUAUAUCGAGGACGGUGCCUUCUCGGGACAGUAUAACCUGCAAGUGCUGCAGCUCGGCUACAAUCGCCUGAGGAACCUGACGGAAGGAAUCCUUCGGGGCCUGGGGAAGCUCGAGUAUCUUUACCUCCAGGCUAACCUCAUUGAGAUGGUUACCCCCAAUGCCUUCGGGGAGUGCCCCAACAUCAUGAACAUUGACUUGUCCGUGAACCGGAUCCAGCGGCUCGACAGCAACACUUUCAGGGGCCUGAGCAAACUCUCUGUCUGUGAACUCUACAGCAACCCUUUCUACUGCUCUUGUGAGCUCUUGGGCUUCCUUCAGUGGCUCGAGGGCUUCACCAACAUGACGCGCACCUAUGACCGCAUGCAGUGUGACUCGCCGCCGGACUACUCCGGGUACUACCUUUUAGGCCAGGGGCGGAGCGGUUACCGGAACGCCCUGGGCAUGCUCUCUUCCCUCUGCACAGGCGGCCCAUACACGAUGCCUCCUCAUUUCAUCCCUCCCAAGUACCUGGCGACAACAGCUCCCCCCGAGAACACGUGUCCCGAGGAAGAGUGCUUCUCUGGUGACGGCACCACGCCGCAGGCCUCGUUGCACACGCCUGUUAUCGACCCGGGCUUGUACCCUACUAUGAAAGUGAAGCACGUGACCCACAACUCGGCCACGCUGAGCGUCCAGAUCCCAGUGCCGUACAGCAAGAUGUACACCUUGGCCCAAUUUGAGAACGGCCGCUAUAACAUCCUCGCCAAGCUGCUGAAGAAGAAAGAGGACAUCGAGCUGACCAACCUGGUGGCGAACGAAGACUACACUUACUGCGUGAUGUCUUCCAACCGAGUCUCAAGGUAUAACUACACUUGCCUCACCAUCAACCUCAACAAACAAAAGACAGUGGAGCCAAUCCCCAGCUCUUCCACGGCCACUCACUACAUAAUGACGAUCCUGGGCUGCCUGUUCGGCAUGGUUAUUGUGUUAGGAGUGGUGUACUAUUGCCUCCGGAAGAAGCGGCAACAGGAGGAGAAGCACAAGAAGGCAGCGGUCAACAUGAAGAAGACCAUCAUCGAGCUGAAAUACGGGCCAGAGAUGGAGACGACCAGCAUCUCCCAGCUGUCGCAAGGCCAGAUGCUGGGCGGCGAGACCGUGACCCGAAUCCCCUACCUUCCUUCCGUGGGAGAGGUCGAGCAGUAUAAACUGAUUGACAGCAGCGAGACCCCCAAGGCCACCAAGGGGAACUACAUGGAAGUGCGCACGGGAGAACAGCCCGAAAGGAGGGAGUGCGAGCUGCCGAUCGCGCCCGACAGCCAGAGCUCGGUGGCCGAGAUCUCCACCAUCACGAAAGAGGUGGACAAAGUGAACCAAAUCAUCAACAACUGCAUCGAUGCCUUGAAAUCAGAGUCCACCUCCUUCCAGGGGGUGAAGUCGGGAGCCGUCUCCACAGCCGAGCCUCAACUGGUGCUUUUAUCGGAACAGAUCCCCGGCAAGCAUGGCUUCCUGGCUCCGGUCUACAAGGAGAGCUACAACCACCCUUUGCAGAGGCACCACAGCAUGGAAGCCCCACCCAAGCGUUCCAGCACUUCUUCCAGCGGCUCCCUACGAAGCCCCCGAUCCUUCCGCUCAGAGGGCUCCGGCCACAAAUCAGAAGCCAAAUAUAUCGAGAAGACAUCUCCGACCGCGGACACCAUUCUCACUGUGACGCCGGCAGCGGCUAUCCUGCGGGCCGAGGCCGAGAAGAUCCGACAGUACAGCGAUCACCGGCACUCGUACCCCGGGUCCCACCAAGGGGAGCAGCACGACAGCAUGGCAGGGCGCAAGCCCUCCAUCUUGGAGCCGCUGACCCGCCCCCGCCCCAGAGACUUGGCCUACUCGCAGCUCUCGCCUCAGUACCACAACCUGAGCUACUCCUCCAGCCCCGAGUACACGUGCAAACCGUCCCACAGCAUCUGGGAGCGUUUCAAACUGAACCGCAAGCGGCACAAAGAUGAGGAGGAGUACAUGGCCGCCGGCCACGCCCUGCGCAAAAAGGUCCAGUUUGCCAAAGACGAGGAUCUUCACGACAUCUUAGAUUACUGGAAGGGGGUCUCUGCCCAGCACAAGUCCUGAGUCCUCGACCAACUCGUGACUUAACACUGGACCAAAACGAGAAAAAAAAAUCUGCAGCAGCUAUUUUUAUUCCAGACUUGUCUUUCCAACGAACAAAUAAAUAACUUAACGAGAAUCUAUACUUAUUCUAUAUAAUGUAUAAGAAAGAGAGAGAGAGAGAGAGAGAGGUAUAUCUUAUUGUCUUGCUCACGCGAGAUGAUUACCAAAUUUGAGGAAAGGGGAGGGGGAGGGACAGACGCUGAAAAAAAUAAACGACAGAGUGAAAGAGAAUUUUGUUUUCUUUUUUAAAAAAAUACAGAAAAUUCAAUAUUAAAAAAGAGAGAAAGAAGAACGGAACUAACGAGAGAGAGAGAGAGAGAGAGAGAGAGCCAGGCAAAAACAAAUAGCCCAAGGAGUUCGAAGUAAACCAACUGCAUCGCAUGACUCCUUAAUUCUGUGAUUUUCGUGGACUAUUGUGUACAGUUUUGUCUUCUUCUUCCGUAACCAAAAAAAAAGGGAAAAUGACAAAAGGUAAAUCCCCAAAAAAGGGAGGGGGGAAAGGUAGCAGAAGGAUUAAAAAAACAGACAAAACGGUAAUAUUUUGGGCCUUUUGCAAAUGGAGUCUUCCAGUUUAGACUAUAAGCCGCCUGAAGUCCCAUUUGUGCGUUCAUUUGAUGCAAGAUUCUACCACAAUGUUGCAUUGUAAAGCUGUUGUCCUGUUGUACAGAGAGAACAAAAAAUAAUCUAUAUUUGCAAAUGUUUGCUGUAUACCGAGAGAGAGAGAUUAAAAAAAAAGAGAGAGAGGAAAAUAUUACGUCUACUAAAAGAAAUAUAUCUAUAUAUUCACCUGUUUGUACCAGGUUUUAAUCAUGGAUUUUAGAAAAAAAACAAAAAACAAGAAUCCUGUUGGGCUUGGC